AUGGAGAGUUCGAGAGAGGAUACUAUUUAUAACCCCAGGGAAUCACUCUCUGCACCGAAUUCGGUCCACGCCACGACAUUGGAUUCUGACAAUUCAACCUGGCAAUACACCUGCGUCUUGCCACCAUCGACACACAUUGUGGAUUUGGAUAGCAGCCCCGCUGAAGAUCCUCGUGUAGUAACGAGGACGUCGGCUGCGAGAGCGACGAUGGCGUUAACGACUCAAGCACCACUUUCUGCACCCCCGGCACUAUCCGAAACCAAUACCAAUGGGAUAGAUGAAUUGAAUUGUUUACCUUCAGUCUUCGCGAAUAUACCACCCAAGAAGGAGAAUUUCACCUCUGGAGAUUUUGGCGAAUUCGCCUCUAUCUGGGUUUCACAAGGCAUCGGUGCCAGCAAUCCUCCUCUACCUGUCGUGGAUCUCUCCAAUCCCACUGUUAAACCAAUCCCGAUAGAAUUUAUCACUCUCCGCCACGCAGACUCUGAUAGGACGCUGUCUCAGCCUGCAUCUACACGCCUUUCUAACUCGCGUCUCCUGGAUUACAUCAACUCGGAGAUGGGAGAGGUAGAUCUCCAACACCAUCAAUGCACCCCACAUACACUGCGACCCCAUCGCAGGCGAAGAAGUACGCAAUCCUCGUUGCCACCCCCACCUCCGUCAUCACCACUGGCGUCGUCGAUUUCGCUUUCACCUUCAGGGGCCAAGGAAAAUGUGGCUCCAGGCCCCUCUGGGCCAUCGGCUUCCGCCUCUGCCUCCACGUCAGCCGCUGAUGCCAAUGCGCCGCGCCCCAAAAACAAGAAGUACCAGCGACACAAAAAAAUGGUUAACGACUAUCUUCAAUACUACGGUGGUUCUAGAAAGGACUUCAGACGUGACACGGAGGAGAGGCUGGCUAAGCACUACUGGGACCGCCUGUACAAGGAGUACGCAAUUGCAGACUUUUCGCGGUUCAAAGAGAAAAAACUAGGCCUGCGUUGGCGCUCAGAGCGGGAGGUGGUUUCGGGUAAAGGGCAGUUUGUUUGUGGCGCGGUAGAUUGCAAUGAGGUCGAGUUUUUACGCAGUUGGGAGGUGGAUUUCGUGUAUAAGGAGAGAGGUGAGAAACGGAACGCGUUGGUGAAGGUGCUGUCUCGGUCGUCGCUGCGGUUGGGUCUCUGGGUAACGGGUUGGGGGUUUGUGGUGGUAGGGCGGUGGUCGGUGUAUGCGGCAGCGGCUCAGCUGCGUUCCCCGGGCUGGGGUGCCGAUCCUCUUUUCUCCGUUGAGGAGGUUUUGCGUCAGAGCCAGGAGCCCGGUCUCUCAACCAGCGAUAUGAGCGCUAGCGAAGCGACACUCCAAUCGUUGACACAGUUACUCGACGUCCACCUCAUCCACCUGCGAACUCGCACCGUUCCUAUGCUCUCCACCACUGACGUCUCAACCACUGCCGCCGCUGCUCCUCCGAGGGCCAAAAACAAGAAAAGCUCUCGAGGACGAGCUAGACCUGGGUCUAAAGAAAGUGCCUUCGGUGUCACCGCGGAUGGACAGGCGUCGGAAAAGGUGACACCGGCGCCGGCGACUGAUGCGUCAGCAGCAGCAGCAGUAGCAAUAGAAACCGCGUCGCAGGCGGCGAUAGCGCCUGAUUCGCUAACAGCAGCAACAGGAACUGCACCACAGACGGUGAUGGCAUCUGCAACAGGGGGAGAGUGGGUUGUAAAGGAUUUUCUCCUGCGCCAUGCCAUCGGUGAGCGCGAUUUCAUCGAUAUCAGAGUUGCGGUAGUGGGCAACGUGGAUGCGGGCAAAUCGACAAUGCUGGGUGUGCUGACACACGGUGAGUUGGAUAAUGGUCGAGGCCUGGCGCGUCAGUACCUCUUCCGGCACAAACACGAAAUAGAGUCGGGUCGAACAAGCUCCGUGGGUAACAACAUCCUCGGCUUUGACGCGGACGGUAAGGUGGUCAAUCGCGCGGUGCACGGAAAACUCGACUGGGCGGAGAUAUGCCAGGCGGCCACCAAGGUGAUUACCUUUAUCGAUCUGGCGGGCCACGAGAGAUACCUCAAGACCACAGUUUUCGGGCUAGUAGGAUUCGCGCCCGACUUCGUGAUGCUUAUGGUGGGAGCCAACGCGGGUGUCAUUGGGAUGACAAAGGAGCAUCUGGGUCUCGCACUGGCUCUUUCCGUGCCAGUCUUCGUGGUGGUCACCAAAAUUGAUAUGUGUCCGCCCAAUGUUCUGAAUGAGACCCUCAAUCAUCUCUUUCACGUCCUCAAAUCUCCUGGGUGUCGGAAGAUACCCCUCCUUGUGUCAAAUCACGACGAUGUGGUUUGCAGUGCCACCAACUUCACCUCCGAGCGCAUGUGUCCUGUUUUUCUGGUCUCAAAUGUUACUGGUUCGAAUUUAGACCUUAUCACUGCCUUUCUCAACCUCCUCUCCAUCCCCUCACCCACCGUCACUGCCUCCACCACCACCCCCACCAAUAGCAUUGCCGCCUCCAUUGGUGCGACCACCGUCAACUCCACCUACCGCCUUGAUCAACCGGCCUCUUUUCAAAUCGACGAGCUCUUCACCGUACCUGGCGUCGGCGCCAUUGUCUCCGGCACCUGCAUGAGCGGAGUGGUGCGUCUUAAUGACACACUGUCGCUGGGACCGGACACUUCCGGACGAUUCUUUCCUGUAGUUAUUAAGAGUGUACAACGAAAGCGUCUACCCGUUAACUCCGUUCGGGCUGGACAAACUGCGUCAUUUUCACUCAAGCGGCCGAAGGGGUGUACACAGCUGAGAAGGGGGAUGAUGCUACUAGGCAAGGGCGCGGACCUCACCUCGUGCAUAAAUUUUACGGCAACGGUCUUGGUCCUUCACCAUCCCACCACAAUCAGCGUCGGUUACCAGGCGAUGGUGCACGCUGGACCCAUUCGGCAAACAGCCACAAUCCUCAGCAUCGGCGCCGGCACCGGGAAGGAAAGGCUGCGAACAGGAGACAGGGCCGAAGUCCACUUUGCCUUUAUCAAUCAUCCGGAGUGCCUACACAAAGGCGCUCGUCUUAUCUUUCGGGAGGGCAAGACGAAAGCUGUCGGUACUGUGAAUCAAAUCGUGCCCUAUCAACCAGUGCUGGCACCAGUAUCUGGGGGCCGAUCAAGGAAGGCACAGAAGGCCCCAAGUAGGCAACCAAUUGCCCUCCCAGUCAGUACUGCAAAGAAAGUGGUGAAAAAAUGA